AAAGGACGAUACAAUGACUAUGUAGAACAAAAUUUGACAGGAGACAUUAUUAAAGAAUUAAUAAGUUUAUGUGGUGAUUUUAAGACUUAUAUAGAUUUUAGACCCUCGUAUAUCGAUCACAAUACUCAACAGAUACCAACAGAACGUUGUGUCACCGCUGAUCUGAUUUAAACCACCACGACAUACAUGGUUGAAUACGUUUACUUUUAUCUGUUCGUUUUCUUUCGUUUUUAAAUAGGAUUUUAGUUUGUUUUAAAUGAAUAUUAUAUCCCCGAAUUACAAACAAUCGCACAGUUUAAUGAUAAUAACUAGGUGAUCCUAAGUAUCUGUCAAAUCAUGACACUACGAGAUUUACCCACGUUCUUCGUACAUUUUAUGUAUGUGUAAGGUUGUGCAGUAAACGCAAUGCAACUCUAGUUUAUUCGUGCAUUCCAAAGCAACCUUGUAUACAACAUCGUUAGAGGAGAUUGUGAAAUUUAUUCGAAAUGGCCGAUUAAACCGUCACUCUGAGUGAUUACACUUCAAUAUGUAACAUCAGUACGUGUGCAAAAGUAGUUGACUCCGUACAAAUGUUGGUUCGUAUCACUCCAAAAAGAAUUAAUAAAAAUAAUCUUUUCAAAGGAAAAAUAACGCUUUAUAAGGGAUUUAAGACUUUAAUGAAAAACUGAUGAAAUACACUGAUGUACUACGGACAACAGAGACAUGUCAAAAGGUUAAGAGGGGAGAUAAUUGACGAAAACGUCAGAAACAAUAUGGUGCAAAGAAGGUUGUAUGAUGGUGCUAAGCGACAUCUACCGGUGAUAAGGCAAGGUAAAAGUCCAACCCAGUUGCCGCAAGAUGAAUAUUUGUCUUCCAUACCAAGCAAUGAAAUGUCAAACAGAGGACAUGAAAUCUUUAUGGCAAGUAAAAAGGACGUUGCUCGACGGAAUUUGAUGGGAUAUCUAUAUUCUAGACAGCCAAAGAUCAAUCGCAGCAAUUCCUUCAUUGCAGGAGAAAAACCACCGGAGCCAGGAUUGCCUAGUGUCAAAUAUAAAAACACACCCAAGAAUUUUGAACGCCAGAAAACAUUAUUUUUGGAACAACGAAGACCAUCAUCGUUGAACAGCAAGAAAUCUAUUGACCCUGUUGAUAGGCGGACGUCAGCGGGCUCAGCUAGACCAAACAGCAAUAAAUUUAGUUUACCUGAAAUAAUGAGAGACAUUUACAGUUCGGCAGCAAAGCUAAAUAAUCCCGAAGAUGAAUAUGAAGAAAUGCCUUUCAGUGAAGACAAUCAUAUUGAUAUUGCUGAAAAUGUAACAUCACUGGACUUUCCAAAAUAUCACAAAUCCAUAAAGGUUUAUCCACCUAACCAUAGACCAAUUACUCCUGGGUUGAUAGACAAAUUAAAUAAAAUGAAAGUCAAUACAAGGAAUAGAACAGAACAUUGGAUCAGACAAAUACCGGAGGAGCAAAAGAGAUACAGCAACAACAACAAUAUAAGGGGUUCAGAUCAUCAAAGUCGUUGGAUUUAUACUGAUAAUUCGUAAUACAUGUAUCUCGAGACAAGAAAUAUUUCAACAUGAUGUCUUUUCUUUCUUUGAAAAAAAAACCUAAAUAAUUCGCCUUUCAUUCAACUAAUAUCCGAUUGUGCAAGCUACAGUUUUUUUAUUCUUGGAGAUUUAUCAUAAAUGUUCCACAGAUAAUGCAAAUAUUGUAUACGAUCAUAAUUGUCUCCUAAAUUUAUCCAUUUUAUAUUUUUGAAAAAUCAAUUUCCUUUGUAAUAAAAGUAUAAAAUAUUUAUAAGUGUAAAAUAUAUGAAAAUCUUUUAAUGGAGCUAUGCAAUUUCAUUAAAUUAUGUAUACUGAAGAAUUACAAGAGUAAUAUUUUAAUGGCAAUUCAGUUCAAAUAAAAAUUUUCCAUUUUGUUAAAACUUAAUAUCAGAACCGAAACUACAACUUGUUUUUAAGAAAUGGGACUUGUUCAUAUAAUUUUAAAAUUGAAAAUAACGGCGACAUACUGCAUAGAGUACCGUAUAGCGGGUUAUUUUCGCGGGUGUAAAAUUUCGCGAUUUUCAUUAAAAAAAGUAUACGAAAUAUUUUGGCGGUUAUUGUUUUGGCGGAUUCAAAACUUUUAUCAAUACAUUUACAUGUACACUUUUAAAUUGGCUGAAUUUAUUUUUGCGAUUUUGUUCCAUCCGCGAAAAUAAGCGAAAAUUUACACCCCGCGAAAAUAACCCGCUAUACGGUAAUUCAUCAGUUUUGUCUUCUGUUGGUGUAUUAUUUAAAUUUGUUCGACAUGAACCUUCAAGAUGAUAAUGACUGAUAAAUUCUUAAAACACUUCUCUUUUUUCUCAAGCCUUUUUUCAUAUAAGCACAUAAGUCAUGUGUUUGCAAACGUAUGAUAUUUUAGUGUAAUAUCAAUUUAACAUAGUGAGUGCUAAACACAUCUGUACUGAACAAAAAGUUUAUAAACUUCAGAUUUGUGAAUGCAACAUCAAUUUGUUAAUAAUAAAUAUCUAAUUUUGUUAAAGUAUACAUUUGCUUCCGUUUUCAUUUCAAUCACGUGACAUCUCCGAAGUUUGUAAUUGUCUUGUAAAUGUAACCAGAACCCAAACACUAUGCUGAUCACAUUAAGAGAUCGUGACAUUGUACUGUCAAUGCUGACAUUUGAUUGAUGCCCGAUCAAUAAUAUUUCAUAAUUUGUCAACAUUUCAUGGAUUCAUUUCUUUUUUAUUUAAAUUAUUUAUAAAUAAGAAAGUAAAAAAGAGAAAGUAUUCUGAUCACAUCUUUUUCGUUUCACAAUGAUCAAUAAUUUAAGUUUUUAAACGACUGUCAUUAGCUUUUAGAAAUUGUAUUUUUUGUUCGUAUAUUGUUUUAUAUUUGAGAAUAAAAGAAAAGCACUGUCGUAUAAUAUUUAAAUAGCAAAGAAAAAUGAUUAUAAAUAAUAAGAAAAAAAAAUAACGUCUCAAAAAUUUAUGGUAGAAAUUUGUUACAUUCACACUAAAAAAAAUGUAAUGUUUAUAGCACCAAUAACAAAGCUGACGCAGAUAUAAAUACAAAGCCACAAAAACUCAAAAUACGACAAUAUUUGAUAUUUUUACGAGUCCUCUUCAAAUUGUAAUGAUAGUUGUCCAUACAUGUCUUUUUUAUAAUGACACCAACGGCGGGAAAUAUUUUUAUUCUGUCGCCCUUUUAUUAUGCUCUAUGCAGUUUUGUAUUCAUGUGAUGCACUGUUACCAAAGAGUUAAUGUCAUACGGUGUCACUUCAAUUUUUGUUGAAGUGCUAGGAAAAAGACAUUUUUCGUUUUUUGCCUGUUAAUGGACAUUAUAUUUUUCUGACUUUUGUGAAACAAUUUUCUUUUGCGUAAAACCAAUGUUACACUUGAAUUUUGACAGUUUCAUUAAGUCUAUCAGUCAUUACGGGCUUACUUAUAUAAUGUAAUGAAGUGAACGGCCAACUCCGAAUAUAACAAAACACGUUUUUUUAAAAGGGCACAUGAAAACGGAUUUAAAUGAGUUUGAGUUGUUGACUUGCAAGCCAAAAAUACAUCAGCGAAAUUUUGUGUUUAUUUUGAAAAAAAUACUAAUAGGGAAAUUUCAUUUCAAAAUUCAGCUUUUUCAAAUGUUUUAAACAAAAUGAAUUAUAUCUUAAUGUUUUGAUUUAAUCAGGAAAUUGUUUGAAUGAGGCUCAAAAAUUAAUAUAUUAAUUUGAAGUAGAUUUAAUCAAUUAUAUUUUUGUACUAGCUAAAUUUCUUUUUAAAUGAAUGUCAAAUCAUGCAAGUGAUUGCUUCAAGAGGCACUUUCUUUUUGAACAAUAAAAAUCGACUUAUCUACUGUAACAAACUUAUUUUGAAAGUGUAGAUUAUUUUAAGUUACAUGCUAAUGUUACCUAUUGUUUCCAUUAUGUUAAAUUAUCAUUGUUGUUAAUCAAUCCUAAAUAAUGUAUUAUGUUUUGUUUAUUUAAAAUGAAAAAUAAAAUGUUACCAAGUGCA